AUGCAUGCCUGCCUUCGUCAGCCGAUGAGGCUUUGUCGCUGGGCUGGAGUGUUUCCAGUCGAAGGGCUGGAUAAGAAAAGUUGUUCAGAAUUAAGGUUCAAUUUAAACUCGACAUACACCAUUUACCAUUGCAUAUCGCUUCUGGGGCAAUUCUUGUUGACCGCUUCGAGCGCUUAUCACUUCUUCACAUACGAUUUAAGCUUCAACCAUUUGAAAGACCUCGUAUUCUACACAACCACUAUGGUUACUGCGUUCUUCAUAAUGAAACUUGCUUCAAAUUGGCCUACUCUUAUUCAACGAGCCGGAUAUAUUGAAAAACGUGUCACUCAUCUCAUAAUGAACUGUCACGAAAAUAAUGAAUUAAGCUUGAAUUUGUUGGAGCACUACUUUGUAUCAACAGCCUCAUUCGUGUUCGAACUCACACCAUACAGCCAUUGGAAAGCUAUACUGUAUGAGGUGAUGAACAUUCAAUCAACAUUUCUAUGGAACUUCACGGACGCUAUGACCAUGUGCGUCAGCUUAUACUUGACUUCGUACUUCAGAGACUUAAACAAACUUAUUGAAAAUCAACAAAGACUGAAAAUCAUUCGAUGGGAAGAAAUACGAUUGUAUUACUCAGAUUUAGUCCAACUCGUGCAGACUGUUGAUUCUAAGAUGUGCUAUUUAAUACUUCUCUCGUUUUUCACCAACGUCUUUUUUAUAUGUGUACAACUGUUUUCUCUUCUCAAAGCACAUAAAAGCCUGCCAUAUUACUUUUACUAUUGCUACUCAUCUUUGUUCCUAUUCGUGAGGGCGACUCUAACUUCUCUACUAGCUGCAAACGUGAAUACUGUGGCUCUGAAACCAUUUUACAUUUUGCAACAUGUACCAACUUCAGACUAUACAAUUGAGGUACAAAGAUUUAUCCGUCAAACUAAAUACACAACGACAGCUCUAAGUGGACUAUUUUUUGAUGUAACCAGAGGAAUGAUUCUGACGGUCAUCGGCACCAUAGUAAAGUACGAGCUUGUACUAUUGCAGUUCAGUGUUAAAACAUAUGAAGCAAUUGAAUAA